GGUAUCUUUCAGCGGCAUACUAACAACAUGUCAGUGAGAGUAGUGGCACGGAUCCGCCCUCUACUCGCGAAGGAAAUCGAGAAGGAUGUCAUUGUCGACGCGGCGAAGGCUCCAGGCGAGACGGGCGACCACGAGUCGAUAGUCCGGAUACCGAAUCCGCGAAAAGAGUCGGAGCUGUUCACCUUCGACUUCUCGUCGGUCUACGGACGACACGCCACGCAGCAGGACAUUUUCGAAAAGGAAGUCUCGCCGACCGUCAAGCACCUGUUCAAGGGCUUCGAUGUCACGCUCUUCGCAUAUGGCGUCACAGGGACGGGAAAAACACACACCAUGCGAGGUGGAAAGAGUAUGGCGGAUCGAGGCGUCAUUCCGCGACUGCUAUCUAGCAUCUACCGCCGAGCGCGCAAGGUGGAAAAGGACAGUGCGGGCGAGACGCAGGUCGAGGUGCACAUGAGCUAUUACGAGAUCUACAAUGACCGCGUCUUCGACCUCUUCGAGCCUCCGGAAAAACGAACGAUAGCCGGACUGCCCAUCAGAGACACGUCCAAAGGGAAAGCCGUCAUUGUCGGCUUGACAGAACGACCAUGCACGAGCUUGAAAGAGUUUGAGAACCUAUACGACGAAGCGAACCUGAAUCGAUCGACUUCAGCUACCAAGCUGAACGCGCACUCUUCCAGAUCCCAUGCUAUUCUGUGCGUCAAGGUCACGCAAGCAACGGGAGAAGAGCUGCGAGUGAGCACUGCAUCAUGUAUUGAUCUUGCCGGAUCAGAGGAUAACCGGCGAACGGACAACAACAAGGAGCGUCUCGUGGAGUCCUCGGCCAUCAAUAAAAGCUUAUUCGUAUUGGCGUCCUGUGUAGAAGCAAUCUCACAGAAAAAGUCGCGUGUGCCGUACAGAGAGUCAAAGAUGACUCGUAUACUUGCUCUGGGGCAAAACAAUGGCCUCACUAUCAUGAUAUUGAACCUGGCCCCAGUUAGGAGCUACCACCUCGACACCUUGAGCAGUCUCAACUUCGCAAAUCGCACCAAAAAGAUCGAAGUCAACGAGAUUGAGAACCAACCAUUUUUCAAGGAGGGGAAAGGCAAGGACGUGAAGAUGGCCUUGUCUUCUGGACCCGCCAUGAAUCGACAGCCACUACGACCCAAGCUGCUCUCCCAAAGUAGUGCGCUCAAUGAUGUAUCGAAUGUGCCUAAGCCGGUCAAACAAUUUGCAGUCUUUGCAGACAAGCCCGUGAAGACGAAACCUGCGAACCUCGCCAACACGGCCUCUUCUAGAACAGUCCUCCCAGGAAUCAAGUCGCCAAAACGAGUCGCUAGUAGCGAGGCGAUGAACGCUCUGAGCAGGCCGUCCAAGUCGAUCAAGACGAAUAAUGCGUCCCGACCGCUGCAGUCCUCCAUGACAAGCGAUAGCAUUGAAGCACUUAUCGAACGUAAAGUCGCAGAAGCGCUAGCUGGUCGAGUUGAUCAGAACCUCUCAGUCACCACUCAGGAACCCAUCUCGGAUGAAGUACAGAAGCGGCUAGACGCACUCGAGAAACGUGUCGAGGGCCAAGAAACAGAGCGCGCAGAGGGGCUUCAAUUUUUGCUGAUGGCAAAGCAGCACCAGGUGCGGGGAGAGGACGCUAGCGCUGUGAAGAUGUACCAGUUAGCACUUCCCUACUUUCCUGGAAACGAAAAGUUGGCACGUAAGCUGGCGGCUUUGCAAGAGAGGAUUGCUGCCAGGACUGCAGAGAAGAUGGCUCAGCGAUUCAGCCCGGCGCCAGUCACGAGACGAAGUCGAUAUGCCGAAGAUGAGGACGAAAGCUACCACGAAGAGCAGGAUGAUGUGCACGCCGACGAGCAGUACGAAGAGGAAGAUGAUGAGUUCGCGUACCGGCCCAGAACAAAGAUUAGGCAGCGUUCAAAGCCAACAGAUCGCGCGCUGGUACCGCCUCCGCGCCAUGUUGAGCCUGCGAAAUAUUCAUCUGUCCCCGACGACAACGACUCUGAAGACGAAUUAGCCGCUUCGCUUUUGUCUCAAACUCCGAGGACAAAGCAGUUACUCAGCAUUAUUAACACGAAAGAUGUCAGCCAGAUCAAGCUCCUGAAGGGAGUCGGGGCGAAAAAGGCCGAAGCCAUUGUGAACUGUCUUUGCGAUUUGGACGAUAGUGUCACCAAUUUGGGACAGCUUGGGAAGCUGAAAGGCGUCGGAGUCAAGACGGUAGAGAACAUGAGGGUUGGUCUCGGUGCGCUGGAGUUUUGAGAAUUGCGUGAGUGCACUAUUGCUUGUUUGAGGACCUUUGUGUUCAUCUCGUAUCGCUUCCGCAUCUGCUCUGGGUUCAGCAAGCGUGGCGCUGGGGGAUUUGUACAUUUGCAUAGGAGAUGGAGUUUUAGCAUUGCUCUGGGUUGAAAGGCAGAAAAAGAUAGUCUCUGCCCAGACAGUCCCAUCAUGGACCUAGAAAUAUCGUGUGAACGAUUCCCGUGUACACUGUACAGUACCUGCAGAUCUAACAUCACUCUCGCGGCUUUGCCAUUUCUGUUUUCGAGGGUUUUAUUUGCCAGAACAGCCCUGAACGACAGUCACGACAGUGACGACACUGGCAGGGCCUCAGGAUUCGCUGAGAGGUUGAACACACUUCGG